AUGGAGGGUUUAAGGAAGAAACAACCAGCCCCUCUUUCCUCAACAUCCGGCUUCAACCAAUCUCUAAAUCAGGAAAGAACGGCGUCGUUUUGCAGGUCAGCAAUAAUGGCUGGUUCGAGGACCGUAACUUCUCGAUCCAAAACCCUUUCGUUAAAGAGCCUAUCCCCAAAACCCAAUUCUUCUCCAUCAACAAGGUCCCUCCCUCGCGCUUCAAGGAUUGUGUCAGCGUUGGGUGGAUUAGAAUCGAUGAUGCCGCUUCAUAGUGCCAUCGCAUCUGCUCAGCUACAAUCAAGCAUCGCACUCGAUUCCUCCUGUUGGAGCUGCCUUUCUCAAGGUAUUACCUUUGCUUUUCUUUUUAUUGUAUGUUGUAUCUAUGUCUUAUCGAUGUUAUAGUUCUUUUAUUUUUAAGUUUUAAUUGCUGCAAUUGGCUCUGGGC